AUGUUUAUUACAUCAGCUCCAGGGAAAGUUAUUAUAUUUGGGGAGCAUUCGGCUGUGUAUAACAAGCCAGCAGUGGCGGCAGCUGCAUCUUCUUUGAGAUCGUAUCUUCUUGUGAAACCAAUGGAAUCUAUUGAUGAUGAUGAACCAGUAUUACAAUUGAAUUGUCCAAAUUUACAAUUUACUUUUAAUUGGUCAAUGAACCAAUUAUUAAGCAUUAUUGAUUCACACGAUUUGCAGAAGGAUACAGACACUGUACAAUUAUCUAACAGUUUAUUAAAUAUUAUAGACACACAACUAUUAUCUGAGAUAAAUAACCCGUUACAAAGAAGUGCAGCUCAAUGUUUUCUUUAUCUAUAUCUAAGCAUUGUUCCCCGGGACAAGAGAACUCCGUUACAAUUUAGUUUAAUUUCAACUUUACCUGUUGGUGCAGGGCUAGGGUCUAGUGCUUCGAUCUCUGUUGCAUUGGCUCAGGCCUUUUUGAAACUGAAUUCAGUGACUCUACAGGAUAAAUCAUUGAUCAAUCAAUGGGCAUUUAUUGGAGAAACUUGUAUGCAUGGUACUCCAUCGGGUAUAGAUAAUACAAUUGCAACAUUUGGUGGUGCUUUACAAUUUACUAAAGGGGAUCCGAUGGGCCCCAAAGAAUUACAUCCGAUUAAACCCAUAGUGGCAGUUUUAACAUAUACAAAGAUUCCAAGAUCAACUAAAGUUUUGGUCGAAGGGGUGCGUGAAUUAUAUAAUACCAUGCCAACAAUUAUCGAACCUUUACUGGAUAGUAUGGCCACAGUGGCCCUUAAAGGGUCAACAGCGUUAGAGAAUGGCCAAUUGGAAGAGGUUUUGCAAUUGGUACGUAUUAAUCAUGGUCAAUUGGUUUCCUUAGGGGUAAGCCAUCCGGGUCUGGAAGUCAUUAGAAAUCUUACAACAGAUUUAAAAAUCGGUGAAACUAAAUUGACAGGUGCAGGUGGUGGAGGUUGUGCUUUAACCUUUUUAAAUAAUUCAGCGACUACGAUAGAUGUGGAACAAUUUAGAAAUACUUUACAAGAAAAAUUUAAUUAUCAAACUUUUGAAACUGCAUUAGGUGGAUUUGGUUGUUCGUUAUUAGAACUAGAUCAAUUGACACCAACAAGAAAACAACAAAUUAUAGAACUGUUUGAUGUUCCGGGCCCUAAAAUAUCAAUGGAACAAGUUGAUAAUAUCCUACUACCUGGAGGACCAGCAGACUUACCGUGGAUUCUUUAA